UGUAGAGCUCCAACCCUCAAGACUUGCUAUUAUAAUCCACGGUGCAGAUGCUAUCCAGAGCGCCGAGUGUACGGGGACAGCUACAUUUCCAGCUCGCACACCCGUCUUCGACUUGAUCGCAGAAGGUGUUCCAAGCGACGGGGGCGCACUGGUGGACUGUUCUCUUACGCAACGGCCUCACGCCAAAAUACAUCACCAUCCUGAGGGACUUCUCUGGACAACACCUUUCUGGUCCUCGACUGUCAAGGAUCCAUGAUCCUGCGACUAGUCUUGAACUCGAAGAAAUCCUGUUGCUUGGAGGCUGACGACCGGUCGACCACGAGAUUUUGCAACGAUCACAACCGAGCCACCUGAGAUAGCGUACAGUACCUGACCACGUCGAAAUAGACGGAUCUGAUCUGUGAAGCUGUCGAGUUGUUGGCACGAGGUGUAUUUUCUAGGGCGUCAUAGCGACAGCAACCAUGUUCCCACCACAGCAAGGCAUUUCGCUCGACCUCGAAGCACUCUCGGGGAUUUGCGGGUCCAUCUCGAUCGCCUGCUGGGUGGUAGUCUUCUCACCCCAGAUCAUCGAGAACUUCCGACGCGGUUCGGCCGAGGGACUGUCAAUUGUGUUUAUUGUCAUCUGGCUGGCGGGCGAUGUAUUCAACAUCCUAGGCGCCAUUCUUCAGGGUGUGUUGCCCACCAUGAUCAUCUUGGCCGUCUACUACACGUUGGCCGACAUUGUGUUACUGGGCCAAUGUUUCUACUAUCGCGGGUUCACACUGAGUGAUGAAAUCAAGAAAGAAGACAACCACCAUCAGCAACAGGAAUCUCAUCAUGGCGAAACUCGACCUUUGUUGCUGGGCGGACCUACUACGCGACCGUCUUCUUCUUCGGCCGAGCGCGAACAUGACCACGACCACGACGAGGAUGACGACGGCCACCCUCGCCAUAUUGCCCGACUACGUCGUCACCUGUCCUUCGAUGGAGCCCAUCACUUGUCGCCCGUGACUCCGCUCAUCGACCCGCCGAAACCGAACGAGCUGCCUGCGGCGGUCAAGAGCAACAAUGCCAAACCGAUGACGGCGUGGCAAGCCGCUUUGUUCAACAUCUUUGCCAUCUUGCUGGUCUGCGCUGCGGGGGUAUUGGGCUGGUGGAUCGGCGAACGCAGCAAGGCUCGCAGACACCAUCGUCACCAUGGUGGUGGUGGUGGUGAGGACGCGCCUCCGUCCUGGGAACCGUUGCAAUUCGAUCCGCUGGGCCAGGUAUUUGGCUAUCUCUGUGCCGUGCUGUACUUGGGCUCGCGGAUUCCGCAGCUCUUGUUGAACUAUAAGCGGAAGAGUACCGAGGGGGUGUCACUGCUUUUCUUCCUGUUUGCCUGCAUUGGCAAUCUGACCUAUGACAUGUCCAUCUUUGCUUAUUCGCCCGUCUGUCGCGAUCCAGGGCACUGUCAACCGGGCGAGGCGAGGGCCAUUUAUUUACGCUAUAUUGCCGUCAAUGCUAGUUGGAUCGCCGGCAGUCUGGGCACGUUGUUGCUCGACAUGGCGAUCUUUGUCCAAUUCUUUCUGUACAAGAAGCCCGAAGAAGAAGAGGAGGCGGAUCAGGUUGCUGGUAAUCAUCAUGUCGGAAACGGCAGUGGCAGUGAUGCUCGGCGGAAUUGGCGAGACGGGGCAGCUGUCCGAGACGGCGAUGGCCCUCAUCGAGGAUAUGGAUCUUCCUAGAUUCGAGGGGAAAAGUGUGUCGGAUGCCAGAGAGGAACAAAAGUUGUUUUUUUGUUGCUGUUGGUUCUAUGCGCAGGCUCGUCUCAGGUGUCGUGAGCCUGGUGCAGGCUGGAUCUAGGACUACUACAAUGUCGCUGGACUGAUCUCGCUUUUGUCAUGCGAGAGACCUAGUCCCUUCCGGGGCCUUGGCUUGUUGUUCCGCUGCUGGCCAGGAGAUGCCAGGCCCGGAUAGAAUUGGACGUUUCAGAAUACAGAACAGACAUGGCACAAAGGGCGCGCGCAAAGAUGCAUGCCACUUGGGAAAGUUAGUAAGUCUACCCACUUUGAAAAACUCGUCUCAACCUGAGUCGGUGUGGUGGUCGUUCUGACAUCAAGAAAAGCGUGGCAUGUUGAUUCUUGGGUCAUCAAUGUGAUGGUGUAGACGCCCGACGGUAGAUGCUAUAUCCGGUCUAUGGCACAUCACCAGAUCUGUAUACCAGGUACUAUGUGAAAGCGAAACUGAUGGAACUCGGAGCCCUCAUAGUACUGUACAACCGACAGGAACCUGUACCAUUGUAUCUCCAUGAAUACAGUACCUCUACCUCCAGUAGUGGUGGUGAUACCGCCGUUGUCC